AAAAAUUAAAUAUGUUAAAUUCAAUCGUAUUUACUUCGGGCUUCGACUGGAUUUCCGCAACUCUGAUCUUUCUGGUUCUUUAUGUAGCAAAAUAUUAUUAUAAUUACUAUACACGUAAAAAUCCUUUACCGGGUCCUCUUCCACUUCCGAUCAUUGGAAAUCUUCAUCAAAUAGCAUUUCAUAAGAUAGGCGAUAUCGAUAUUGGCACGUGGUCUUUUUUUCCUCUUCGCAAAAAAUAUGGGGAAACCUUUGAAAUAUAUUUAGGAUCUGUACGUGCUAUAAUUACAGGUGACCCUAAAGCUUUAGAUAAAGUUUAUAACUCAUCUUCAAAAAACAAUUUUACUAUUCGACCGGCAUUGAAUGGGCUUUCUGAGUUAAGAACGCAUAAUGGUCUUAUACUUAAUAAUGAUCAAAAAUCUUGGAGUCGAAACCGGAAAUUCGUUUCUCACACUUUACUGUCACCAAAAUUCUUGCAUGAAUUCGCCGAUAUCACACAAGACUUAUUUAAUAAAGCAGAACGUAAUUGGACAUCUGGAAUGGUAAUUGACUUUGCCUAUUGGAUUAGAUGUUUUACGACAGACAUCUUAUCUUCGAUUUUAACUGGGAGUCCAGCCGUGUAUCCAUUGUCAUGUAGCACAUCGAAGUCUGAAUAUACACCAGAAAUGAAAGAAUCAUAUGAAUUCCUUCAAAGCCAGAGAAAAUGGUUCAAGUCCCUUAUAUUCUUUGUAGCUGUACCUCGAUUUCUACGAUACAACAUUCCUUUCUUAAGUUCAAUAAACAGGGAUUAUCUCGAUAAUGCUAGACGCUUAGAAGACGAAGUUCUAGAGAAGGUUAUAAAACGUCGUGAGCAAUUAGAAAACCUUCCCGAAGGCCAAGCGGGUGGAGACGGACUAUUGGAUAUGUUAUUAACCAUGAAUAUAAGAGACCAUGACGAACCUGUUGAAGAUGAUGAACCAAUGAAAGAUGAAGAAAUACGCGACAAUAUUAUGGAUAUCUCACUUACCAACUCGACAGGAAAUUCCUUGUGUUAUUUCAUAUAUCACAUUUCCCAAAAUCCCCAAUGCAAAGAACGUUUAUUAGAGGAAAUUGAUUCUAUCUUUGCUAACGAUAUGACUCGGCCUAUUACAUCUAAUGAUCUAGAAAAACUUGUCUAUAUGGAAGCAGCAAUUAAAGAAUCAUUACGUAUAUUUCCUGUUGCUCCUCUAGUUCCGCGAUCACUCGCAAAUCCAGACACAUUAUUAGGAUAUAAUUGGCCGGCAGGGCAACUAUUUUUUAUAUCUCAAUACAGUCUAAUGCAUAAUAAAAACGUUUGGGAAGAACCCCACAAGUUUAACCCGGACCGGUUUCUCAAAGAUACAGAAAAAAUCCAGAAAAAAUUUUUUGUUCCUUUCGGUGGUGGAUGUAGGAUUUGCCCGGGAAGGUAA